CUCUCGCGAGACUUCUCCUCGCGAGGGCCUCCAGAGCCGUUUCCCGCGCGCGCGCCCCGCGGAGCUCUCGCGAGACCCGCGUGCUGCAGACGGGAAGGACAAGAUGGCGGCGACAACGACGGCGGCUCUGGGCACGGAGUCCAUUAAGAUGGAGAACGGGCAAAGCACGGCAGCCAAGCUGGGGCUGCCCCCUCUCACCCCAGAGCAGCAGGAAGCUCUCCAGAAAGCCAAGAAGUACGCGAUGGAGCAGAGCAUCAAGAGCGUGCUGGUGAAACAAACCAUCGCCCACCAGCAGCAGCAGCUCACCAACCUCCAGAUGGCGGCCCAGAGGCAGCGCGCACUCGCCAUCAUGUGCCGGGUCUACGUGGGCUCCAUCUACUACGAGCUGGGCGAGGACACCAUCCGCCAGGCCUUCGCCCCCUUCGGGCCCAUCAAGAGCAUCGACAUGUCCUGGGACUCCGUCACCAUGAAGCACAAGGGCUUUGCCUUUGUGGAAUACGAGGUUCCUGAGGCUGCCCAGCUGGCCCUGGAGCAGAUGAACUCUGUCAUGCUGGGGGGAAGGAACAUCAAGGUGGGGAGGCCCAGCAACAUCGGGCAGGCUCAGCCCAUCAUUGACCAGCUGGCAGAGGAGGCCCGAGCCUUCAACCGCAUCUACGUGGCCUCGGUGCACCAGGACCUGUCCGAUGAUGACAUCAAGAGCGUGUUCGAGGCCUUUGGCAAGAUCAAAUCCUGCACCCUGGCCAGGGACCCCACCACAGGGAAGCACAAAGGCUACGGCUUCAUUGAGUAUGAGAAGGCCCAGUCCUCCCAGGAUGCCGUGUCCUCCAUGAACCUGUUUGACCUCGGGGGUCAGUACCUGCGCGUGGGCAAGGCUGUGACACCCCCAAUGCCACUGCUGACCCCUGCCACACCUGGGGGGCUGCCCCCUGCAGCUGCUGUCGCUGCUGCCGCUGCCACCGCCAAGAUCACAGCACAGGAAGCCGUGGCAGGAGCUGCAGUGCUGGGCACGUUGGCCACCCCGGGGCUCGUGUCCCCUGCCCUGACCCUGGCCCAGCCCCUGGGGGCCCUGCCCCAGGCUGUGAUGGCUGCACAGGCCCCUGGUGUCAUCACAGGUGUGACCCCUGCCCGGCCGCCCAUCCCGGUGACCAUCCCGCAGGUGGGCGUUGUGAACCCCAUCCUGGCCAGCCCCCCAGCGCUGGGGCUGGUGGAGGUGAAGAAGGAGAAUAAGGAGGAGGAGGAGGUGUUCCAGGAGUCGGAGCGGCCGGAGAUGCUGAGCGAGCAGGAGCACAUGAGCAUCUCAGGCAGCAGCGCCCGCCACAUGGUCAUGCAGAAGCUGCUGCGCAAGCAGGAGUCCACGGUGAUGGUGCUGCGGAACAUGGUGGAUCCCAAGGACAUCGACGACGACCUGGAGGGAGAGGUGACGGAGGAGUGCGGCAAGUUCGGGGCUGUCAACAGGGUCAUCAUCUACCAGGAGAAGCAGGGCGAGGAGGAGGACGCUGAGAUCAUCGUCAAGAUCUUUGUGGAGUUCUCCAUGGCCUCAGAGACUCACAAGGCCAUCCAGGCGCUCAAUGGGCGCUGGUUCGCGGGCAGGAAGGUGGUGGCCGAGGUCUACGACCAGGAGAGGUUCGACAACAGCGACCUCUCGGCAUGAACUGCGCCCCGGGGCUGGGGCUGGGCCUGGAGAUGGGCCUGGACCUGAUCCUGGGGCUGGGGAUGGGCCUGGGCCUGGGAUUUGGAUUGGGCCUGGAUCUGAUCCUGGGGCUGGGCCUGGACCUGAUCCUGGGCCUGGAUCUGACCCUGGGGCUGGGAUGGGCCUGAGCCUGGGGAUGGGCCUGGGCCUGGGCCUGGAUCUGAUCUGGAGCUGGGACUGGGCCUGAGCCUGCAUCUGAACCUUGGCCUGGGGCUGGGCCUGACUCUGAUCCUGGGGAUGGGCCUAGACCUGAUCCUGGGCCUGGGCUGGGAUUGGGCCUGGAUCUGAUCUUGGACCCUGGGGAUGGUCCUGGGGCUAGGGAUGGGCCCAACUCUGAUCCCGGAUCCUUGAUCCAGGAAAUGGGCCCUACUCUGAUCCUGG